AUGGCAAAAGAGAUAGCAUUAGGGUUCAUCCUGAUUGUUGUUUUGGUGGUUUCAAUUUCGCAAUCUCGUCUUGUUAAUGGAGCACCACAAGUACCUUGUUUUUUCAUUUUUGGUGAUUCAUUGGCUGAUAAUGGCAAUAAUAACAACCUCCUGAGCUUUGCUAACGCCAACUACCAACCUUACGGGAUUGAUUUUCCAACAGGACCGACGGGAAGAUUUUGCAAUGGCCGGACCACAGUUGACAUACUAGCUCAACUGUUGGGUUUUGAGAACCCCAUCCCAUCAUUUGCAGCUACUAGAGGCCCAGACAUUUUAAAAGGUCUGAACUACGCAUCAGGCUCGGCAGGAAUUCGAGCAGAAACUGGCUUCCAAAUGGGUGCUCGUAUCAGCUUAGAUCAGCAGCUACAAAAUCACCAAGUCACAGUCUCACGCAUUGCUUCCACACUUGGAAAUAACCAAUCGGCUUUGCAGUAUUUAAACAAAUGCUUAUAUUCAGUGGGAAUGGGCAGCAAUGACUACAUAAACAACUAUUUCCUGCCUCAAUAUUAUGACACCAGUCGCAUAUAUAAUCCUGAACAGUACGCCACAGUUCUUAUUGAUAAAUAUUCUCGUCAAAUAGCGAGCUUGUACAAGAAUGGAGCGAGGAAGGUGGCCUUGAUUGGAUUGGGACCAAUUGGCUGCACCCCAAAUGCAAUGUCAACAUUUGGCACAAAAGGGUCCGCAUGUGUGAAUAAUAUGAACAGUGCGGUCCAAUUUUUUAACCAAAAGCUUUUAGCUCUAGUCAAUCAGCUAAACACCAAUCUGACCGAUGCAAAAUUCAUCUAUGUCAACAGCUUUGGAAUGGCUUCAGGGGACCCAGCAGCUGCUGGUUUCAAGGUUGUGAAUGUUGGGUGCUGCCCAGUGAAUAAUUUGGGUCAAUGUGCUGCUGGCCAAACUCCAUGCCAGAAUAGGAGUGAGUAUGCGUUCUGGGACGGAUUUCAUCCUACUGAGGCUUUGAAUCAAAUCACUGCAAGAAGAACAUACACCGAGUUUGAUCCGUCCGACACUUAUCCGUUGGAUAUCAGUCACCUUGUUCAGCUUAGUCUAUCAUCAUGCGUGUAG